CACUAGCUCCUCCCACAAGCGGUUCACGAAUAAUCGCAUCCAGCCAGUCACUCCCCUCUAAACUUGAGGAAACCCGAAGGUAAACUUUGGGAAGGCUGUUGGAAAGUUUUUAGCAACUCAGUGUUGUUGUUCAGUAAAAUAAUCGCUCUAAAAUGAAGGACAUGACUUUUGAAGCAACACAGGGAAUGAACUCUUCGCUUUGACGCGCAACGCAAAAUGGACAGGACGCGCAGGUUCAUUUUAGGAAUAAUAACAGCUGUUGUUCUAUGCAAAUACUCCCAGGCUGAAUGGAAUACCACAAAGACACCAUGCAAUCACCAUGACAACAGCAGCAACUGCACAGAUUCAAAUGAUGAGCACAAAUGGAGUGGGUAUUUUUCUAAGUGUCCAAAAGAAUACAAGCAUUACUGUAUCCAUGGUGUUUGCCGUUUUGUAAAGGAGCAGAACACUCCUUCAUGCAGAUGUGAAGCAGGAUAUACUGGCACCAGGUGCGAAUAUCUUGAUCUUAAUUACCAUGUAGAAGAACGAAGGAAAAUAAUCAUUGCAUGUGUGGUCGCAGGAUUGGUCUUUCUGAUUCUGCUCAUCAUCUUCAUAUGUGUCUGUACACACAAACGAUAUAAACCAUGUAGAAGAAAGAAGAGAACAAAGCAAACAAGUGCUGAAGAUGAGAAGCUCAGUUCACUAAACACACGUGAAGCUUUAGCUGCUCCGGUUGACACAUCUGACACAAAUGUUGUAUGAAUGAGACAGUGAAGUGAUCCUGCCAGUGUCGGUAUUGGCGUGAUUGUGCUGUGGAAAUGAGGACUUCUCCUGCUGAGUGAUGAAAGCAGUGCUUUACAGUAAUCCUGAGUGGACUUUAAAUGAACUUUGAAGAAAUGGUGUGUCAGGCAAUCUUUGCCUUUCUAUGUGCUUCUGUUUACUUCAUUCUUCAUGCAACAUCUCAUUUUCAGACUUUUCAGAAGAAAAGUGGGAGAUGAUCUGAAUGUAUAUGCCUUCAGAAUGGCUGUAAUGUGAAAGCAUAUCAUAAUUCAAAUAACUGAUGAGGUGACGUGCAAUUUGCUGAAUGCUAACAAAGCUGAUUUAUGUUGCUUUAAUUAUAGGCCUGUAUACAUUGCGAGCACAGAAUAUUGAAAAAAAAAAGUUGCUAUAUUGGAUUUGACAAAAUAAGAUAUUAAGUUAAAUAAUAAAUUGUUGUUUCAACAGUAAGGAAGUAGUUCUCCCAAAAUUAAUGGACCAACGUUUUCUCUUUUGACUUAGAUUUAUUUAUUAACAUGUACAAAGAAAAUGUUUUGUUUGGUGUUAAAAGAGUAUAUUUUAAAUUGUGAAAUUACCAUUAGUGUGAUUUUUGUCUUUAUUGAGAGGUUUUUUUUUUUUUUUGAGAGA